AUGGCAGCUCCUCCGCCCAUAGUCCUCGACGGCGGCACCGGUUUCCUCAAGGUCGGAUAUGCGGGCCAAAACUUUCCCGAGCACCAAUUCCCGUCCAUAGUCGGGCGGCCGAUCCUGCGAACCGAGGAAAAGGGCGACAACAUCCUGGGGCCCGACGGCAAUGAGAUCAAGAUCAAGGACAUCAUGUGCGGCGACGAGGCGUCGGCGGCGCGCACCAUGCUGCAGGUCUCGUACCCGAUGGAAAACGGCAUCGUCAAGAAAUGGGAUGAUAUGCAGCACCUCUGGGACCACACGUUUUACGAAAAGCUCAAGAUCGACCCCGCCGGCAGGAAGAUCUUGUUGACGGAGCCUCCCAUGAACCCUGUCAAGAACAGAGAGCAAAUGUGCGAGGUCAUGUUCGAGAGGUACAACUUUGGCGGCGUUUAUGUGGCCAUCCAGGCUGUGUUGGCGCUAUAUGCACAAGGUCUCUCCUCUGGUGUUGUUGUCGACUCGGGAGACGGUGUCACUCACAUCGUUCCCGUCUACGAAUCCGUCGUGCUUAACCAUCUCACGAGGCGCUUGGAUGUGGCCGGACGCGACGUCACGCGCAACCUGAUUGCACUGCUCUUGCGCCGUGGGUACGCACUCAACCGCACGGCUGAUUUUGAGACGGUGAGGCAAAUCAAGGAGAAGCUUUGCUACGUUUCCUACGACCUCGAGCUUGACAAGCGGCUCUCGGAAGACACGACAGUGCUGGUGGAGAGCUACACGCUGCCCGACGGGCGCGUCAUCCGCGUCGGUAGCGAGCGUUUCGAGGCGCCCGAAUGCCUCUUCCAACCCCACCUGGUCGACUGCGAGCAGAAGGGUAUGGGUGAGUUCCUGUUCGACACGAUCCAGGCCGCCGACGUCGACGUCCGCAGCAGCCUGUUCAAGGCCAUUGUGCUCUCGGGCGGUAGCAGCAUGUACCCGGGUCUGCCGUCGCGGCUCGAGAAGGAGCUCAAGCAGCUGUGGCUUACCAAGGUGCUGGGCGGGAACCCAGAGCGGCUGAGUAAGUUCAAGGUCAGGAUAGAAGACCCGCCGCGUAGGCGACACAUGGUGUUCCUUGGCGGCGCCGUCCUGGCCAACAUCAUGGCGGACAAAGAGAACAUGUGGAUCACGAAGCAGGAGUGGGAGGAACAGGGGUCGAGAGUACUGGAGAAGCUGGGGCCGAGGAGCUGA